AUGGCCGGGCACCAUGACGCAGAACUGCCGCGCAUCCUUGAGCACGCUCGGGUCUCCAGGCUUCCAAACACUGCUUACUACAUACCCAACUUUAUCACAGAAGACGAGGAGAGACUCCUUCUCGAUAAGAUUGCAAGCGCGCCUAAACCGCGAUGGAAGCAGCUGACCCAUCGGAGGCUACAAGCGUGGCCCUCGGAGCUUGUGCAGAAUAAGCUCCUUCAUGCACCAUUGCCAGCUUGGUUGGACGACCCCGUGGUGACACGGCUUAAAUCUAUCCCGCUGUCUGAUGCAGACCAGACAUGGUUGUUCGAAGACAGUCCACACAAGGGUCCGAACCAUGUCCUGAUCAACGAGUAUCCGCCUGGUGAUGGUGCUGCGUACUGGCCUGUCGUUUGCACCGUUAGUCUUGGUGAUAGCCUGUGCCUGAACUUAUACCGCAGUAAGGAAGAUGGCACUGUCAAGACGGAGCCGGCCUGGCGAGUACUGCAGGAGCCCCGGAGUGUCCUCAUCACCAUGGGAGAUCUGUAUACCGAUUACCUGCACGGCAUCGAGGAGACGCUCGAAGACGUCAACCUUGGUGAGGAGAGUGUGGUCAAUUGGCCUCUAUUGAAUGACUGUCGCACCUUCUCAUCGGGUCGGCACGUUCGCCAGACACGCACAAGCUUGACAUAUCGAGACGUGCUCAAAGUCUCAAAGGUCGGUGGCAAGCUCGGCCUCCUCACGAAGAAGUGA